AUGGACCAUUACCACCACCUCGGCGAUGACAGCUCCCUCCACUCUGAAAUGCAGCUCCACGAGUUUUCGGGGAAUCAGGCUUUGGACUGUAGUGAUGCUUUCAGCCAAGAGCUGUGCCCGGAUGUGAGAGAGAUGAUUUAUUCAGGGCUGAGCAACCUGGACGUGGAUCCCAGCCUUUCGGCCACGAAUAUGAACAGCGACUCUUUGGAAGACAACCUGGAUACCUUGUCCUUGUAUUCUGUGAAGGACAGCGAUCCUGCGAAACUCCUCGAUGAGUGUGAGACAGACUCGCAGCCGCUUCUGCACAACUUGGGGCUCCCCAACCCUUCGGCGCCGAAAGACGUGGAGCCAGGAGGCAGAUCCGGUUCUGGCAGCGGAAGGAAAGGCAGACACCAGCAGGGUUCCCCCCAAACCCCUUUCCUGGACUGCAGCCUCUGCGGGAAGGUGUUCAGCAGCAGCAGCUCUCUCAGCAAACAUUACGUGACUCACAGCCAGGAGAGGAAACACAUCUGCAAGAUCUGCACCAAGGCGUUUAAGCGGCAGGACCACCUGAGCGGCCAUAUGCUAACGCACCAAAAAACAAAGCCGUUCCUGUGCAUAGAACAGGGCUGCAGCAAGAGUUAUUCUGACUACCGGUCGCUGCGCCGGCACUACGAGAUGCACCACAGCUUCAGGUUGUUGAAGGACGACGAGGGAUGCGAGAGCUCGCCGCUGCCUCCGCAGGAUUCGCGCGUCCAGCCCGGACCCGGCGGUCUGAGGACUGCAGAGAGGGUCGCCUUUCACCCUGAACCUCAAGCCCCCCAUAAUUCCCUCCUGCCCAACAGGAACCUGCUGAGGUGUAUUGUGAGCAGUUUGGUCAGCCAGAAGCUUCCAUCGUCCUCUGCGGGACCGUCCGAAUCGGACCCCAAGGGUUCCUUGCAGCCGUCCGCCUCCGAACGCGGCCCGGUGUCUCGCACUCCCGCAAGCACCGCUGCACCCCUCGAACACGCCGGCGACAAAGCGACAAAGGAUCUUCAUCCUUGUCCGAAGAACGCCGCUCCUUCCAGUGUGUAUACCAUAAUAAAUCCCGGGAACUUGUCUGUGCCCAGAUCUGCGGAAAACAGUACGAAUUUGCCCGACAGGCAGCCUCCUCGUCCAGAGCCACAGCGUCCUUUAGAAAACAUGGCCCUGGAGUUUUGGGCAAACAGCAGUGUCCCUCGCUUUCCGUUAUUCAGAGGGCCGAAGGUCCCCGCAACCUCCCAGCAGCCCAGCGGCAGCUUCCAGUGGGUCCGAAACGUGCCUCCGACCUGUACCAGAAGCAAAGGAAACGGCGCCUACGUGGCUCAGAUGUCGCCCGUUGCAGAUCAGGAUGUUUCGCAAGGGCCGGCGGGACCCUCCCAGGCCUUUGAUUCUUCGGCAUUGGCCUUUGAGCGCCCGGAUAUUUCGUCCUUCACUCCCGCGCUCUUGAAGACACCAGGAGAGGUCCCCGGGGGGUCAAAGCUCCGUGGCUUCGAGGAGGCGUUCAGCUUCAGGCAGCUCUUCAUGAAAGCCCAGGAGUCUUCUGUGGGUCAGGACCAUCUGCAAGUCCAGGGUCACCUCUUCCAGAGGAUCACCAAGUCGCAGCACAUCGUGUCCCACGCACAGCUGGUGACUCCAGCCGCUGCUGAGCCCGAGCCGGCGCCGGCGGCGAAACCGUUUCAGACCGUUUUUCAGCAGCAGGCGGAUGCAUGUCGCCCGCUCUCGGAACCGGCGGGAAGCAAAAGGUCCCUCUUGUGCGUGAAGAGGGCCUUUGCCCAGUUUGAGCAGGACUUUCCACCGGGCGGCGAGAAAGAAGGGCAGCCGCCAGGUACCCCUCCCCGGUCCUUCCCGUCGCCUUCCGUCAGCACAGAGGCCGCCAUUUCCCAUGCCAAGCAGCCCAGGCCCUCGAAAGGGUGCCUGGGUUUCACGGACUUCUCCAGUCCUCCUGACCAGCCACAGUCCAUAGCUUACGAAAACACCCCGGGGAACCAUACCUACGGAAAGCCAAGCCAGUCGGAGAGCGACUGCCCUUCGUUGAGGAAGAAGGAGAAGAACAAGCCUUGCGCGAAAGGGUCGGGCGGCAAGGGCCAUGCGCGCAGCGGCCGGCCCCGCCGGAAGGAGAAGCUGAAGUUUGACGUCUCCUCUGUGGCUUCCCCCAGCCAAGUGGCCAUGGCUUCCUUCUCUCUGCCCAGCACUUCGUUCGACAGCGGGGCCGGUGGGAAACCGACGAUGACCAUUUUCAACAGGAUUCAGGGCGGAAAUAUCUACAGCUUUACUAAUGCAGUGAGGGAAGAACACUUUACCCCCGGAUGCAGCAAGUCUGGGGGAGGCCCCGGAGACAGGAGCCAACAGGAAGGCGGCUUCAUUUGCAGGACGUGUGGCCAGCUGUUCUAUACGGAGCGGGGCCUGAACAGCCACAUGUGUUUCUAUAGCGAGCAGUGGCAGUCUCCAUCAGGGAAGGAAAAAGAGCAGGCAUUUGAGGCAGAACACCUGCAGGCUCAGAAACUGCCCUUCAAGCUAGUGGGGGCCGGAGAUAUUCCUCCCGAAAGCAGAAAACCUUUGGACGAUGCAGCCGCCGCAGUCCCGCUUAUCAUGCCGGUCUCAGUGCCCGUUACAGCAGCCAGUCAGCAGCAAGCGAGCAAAGUGAGUGGCGAUGGCAUGGACGGAGCCCUUUUGUUCUCUCUUGUGAAAGAUACCACCAAAAUCAGUGUUGAACCGCAUAUCAACAUUGGAAGUCGUUUUCAGGCAGAGAUACCUGACCUGCAAGACAGGUCGUCCUUGGACAAUUAUGAACAUCCGGGCUCAUUAGUGUGGAAGCCAUGGGGAGACAUCACAACCAACAAGGAAACACAAAAAAGAGUAACGGACCUAUUAAAAUUGGCCUGCUCCAGUGCGAUGCCUGGGGGAGGGACCAACCUCGAACUAGCUGUGCACUGUCUUCACGAGGCCCAAGGAAAUAUUUUGGAGGCGCUGGAAAUGCUGUUGCUCCAGGGACCGCAGAAGCCUCCUUGCCACCCUCUGGCUAACUAUCAUUACUCAGGUUCGCAUCUGUGGACUCCUGCUGAGAAACAGUUGUUUAGGAAGGCCUUCGGCAUGCACAAGAAGGACUUCUACCAGAUACAGAAGAAGAUACAAACUAAGACUGUUUCCCAGUGUGUCGAAUACUACUAUAACUGGAAAAAAAUAUUAAAAUUUGACUGCAGUCGAUCACAAGUGGUAGAAAAGAGGUCCAGGAGAGAGCAGGAUGAGGUAGAGGAAGAAAAGACCGCGUCCAGCCCAAAGAAAAGACACUGCCAGCUGCCUAAACAGGAGAGCAAGCUGAAGCCAAGGACUUACAAAAAAGCCGGACAGAGUGCCUUCAGUCCAGCCGGCAGCCUGAAGGAAACUCCUGACAGGCCCAAGAGCACAGGCGUUCUGGGUGUGUUCCCGUGUAAAGAAUGUGCAAGAGUGUUUGACAAGAUAAAAAGCCGGAACGCUCACAUGAAGCGCCACCGCCUGCAAGAGCAGAUGGAUCCGAUUAUCAAGCUCAAGUGGCACCUGAAGAACGAGCCAAAGAAGGAAGAAAGAAACCUGGACGUGGACUUUCUCCCGUGGUAG